CGGCUUGUGCCCUAAAUUAGCGCGUGUGCUUAAAUGUUAUUGCCCUUUAAUUGAUUUGACUUAUUUUCUUAGAAAGACUGCCAUCGACUGGCUUUCUGCACCAACUAUAUAAGACCAAGUUGUCAAAAAUAUUAUUCAGGUUAGUUUUGCUAAUCAGCAGCACAACUCCGUUAGAGACAGUUAGCUAACAGCUGGCUAGCUCGGUCUAACUUCAGCGUGGCAGUUUGAUUUAAUUCAACAGGUGUUAGCGACAAAGAGAGAAAGUCUCUCUCUCCAGAGGCUUCUCAUCUGUAACCGUCCUGAAGAGAGCUGAAGGCUAAUAUUUUCUUUUUUGCGUUUAGGCUAGCUACAGUUAACUGAAGUGUGUUCAACAAGCUGACUGUCAACGUCAGUUUGCACGUUAGUUAAAGUUUGUCACACUCGUGUCAUGCUCCUCGGUCGCGUCCUGUUGAGCCUCAGGUCGCUGUGUUCAGAAAGCGUUUGCUUACAGAGGAUUUUUGCUGUCAAUGAAGUAUCAGUUCCGAGGCUGCAUCACAUACACUCCAAUCACUGCAAACUUAAGCCACCUGCACACCGGUUCGGACCUAAGGCUCUAGCACAGACCUGUCUGUAUCAGCCAAAAGUGUGUGACAUGCAACCAAUCAGUAUCUCCUAUGGCAAAGACACCACUAGGAUCGCCUCAGAUAGUGAAGAAGGUGGUGAAGGCAAAGAUGUAGUAGAACAGGAGAGAGGGAUAGAAGGUGAGGGAUUGAAGAAGAAAAUGAUGACUCCAGGCCAGGUGGAUGCCGUCAGCAUGGAAGUCCACCAAGGGGCGGCUGACGCUGGAGCCUCCACUGUGUCUACUGCUGCAGGAUCAAAUGAGAAGAAGACAAAGAGGAAGAUGAGGAGGGAGAGGAAGAAGCUUAUGAAGAAAAAGCUCAACUCAGCUGAUGCUUUGGACAGUUUGAUGUCAGAGCUACCAUUUGCUCUGACCAGCCCCACCACAUGGAAAGAGCUAGGAUUCCCCAACCCUGAGUCAACCCAGAAAAAGAGAAAGAGGAAGAGAGGAGACAGUGGAGGUCGAGUGGACAGUGAGGAGGACGGAGACAAGAAGAAAAAAAAGAAAGAGAGCCAACGACCCAACUACUUUGUCUCCAUCCCUAUUACUAACACACAGAUAAGCUCAGCAGUGACUGAAGUCCAAGAGUCGAUGCUUCAGCAGGAGCCCCAGUUGGCCAAGGCCAUGAUCCCCGUCCCAACUCUCCACAUCACUCUGUUAGUCACCCAUCUCGCCAAUCAGGAGCAAAUAGACCUAGCAGCAACCGUGCUGGCACAGGUCGAGCCGUCAUUGGCUGAGCUGCUGGGUGGGCGGGAUCUGGUGCUGCCCUUCUCAGGCAUCGGUCAUUUCAGGAAGGAGGUGGUGUUUGUUGGGCUGGCCCCCGGACAACACAGAGACACACUGGAUAGCCUGGCAGAGUUGUUGCGGAGGCGUUUUGAGGAGCAGGGUCUUCUGCAAGGAGACAGUCGAGGGUUUGAACCCCACCUCACCAUUAUGAAGCUGUCCAGAGCAUCAAAACUACGAUCCCAGGGUAUAAAGCGCGUGGAUCCAGCCCUUUACUCCGACUAUAGUAACAAGUUUUUUGGAGACCAGACAGUGGAGCGGGUGGAUCUUUGUUCCAUGUUGAAAAAGAAGCAACAAGAUGGAUAUUACCACACUGAAACUUCUCUACAUCUUGGUGGGCGUCGCCGGUCCGAGCCCGACGAGGCAGAGCUACUGAGGGUCAGCAGGAGAUUGGUUGAGGAUGCUGUCAAUCGCGCCUUGCAACAGUACAAACAGGAGACACUUCAAAAUGGGGGUGGGCCUAAUGCCACGGCCGUGCAGCUCCCUGGAAACACUGAGGAAACUGCCACAAAGACAGACACUACAGCUAACUCCACCACAGACAACAGGAAGUGACAUCAUUGGACUGCGGUACAGAGACUGCAAAACCAGCCGCCCAGAAAACAUCAGCCAGGCCUGGCUAACCAGGGGCAGAGUCAUUAAGCUCUGGGCAGAAAGCCUGAACCAGCCAACCAGUCAGCCCAGUUUGCUGUCUAACUAAACCAGCUAGCCAACCAUAACGGCUAGCCAGUCAUGCCAGCUACCUGCCCUCCUGACCUAGCUUGGCACAAUGCUAGUUAAAUAGAUAAUGUAGCUUAAGAUCAGUGCUACUAGGUGACCGUCCAAACAGGCCAGCUAGCAAAGCCUGUAAGUUAACUCACUAACAUCUAACAGUGAGGAUACCGCCCCCUCGAUCCUUACUCUGCUGUGGGUCUGUGUUUGCACAUCAAACCCAGAAAUCAUAUGUGAAGCACUCCUCUAGAGACACACAUUCACACGUAGUGUGACACUGUGACCUGUCACUCACAAACUGCCCUUUUAGAAUAAGAUAAAUCAUGUUUUGUAGACAGCUCAGUUUACCAUCACCUGCACUUAAAAAAAUGACUCAACGUCCUCUUCUCCCCUCUAACUAAAACCCUCCUUUUUCCUUCAGGUGAAGAAAAUAUUUUACUUUUUUUUGAGCAUAUGUUUUCUUUAAAAAAUACAAAACAAAAUCAGUGCUGUCUUCAUAGACAAGGGAUUACUCAUCUGCUCGUUCUGAGGAGGAAAUGUGAAAAGGCCUGGUUUGACUGACGAUGUUAUGACUGGUUGGAUUCUUCAAACUUAAGUGUGAAGUACAGUAUGUUGGACUUUGGUCUGUGCAAGUUUUUUUGUUUUUUUUUGUUAUUGUAUUUUGCGCUAAGUCUGGGUUCAAAGCACUUUCAAUUUAUCCGCUUCAGGAAAUGAAUCUUCUUUAAACUUCCAGCAUUUCAUUUUAUGUUUCACAUGAGAUGUCUGUCUGCAAACCAAACUGCAGUUUUGUCUUUAUUCUAAGUUGUUAAAAGAAAGUGGCCCCAGCUAUGCUUUAAGUAUUAUAUAUUACCGUGGUCCUGCCGAGGCUGCACUGAGACAAUCAUUAAGUUAAGAUAAAGUCCGUUGUAAACUCUGGAUUCAUUUUUCAAAACAGUAACUAAGCGAUACCAGCUUUUUAAAACCCAAUCUGGACUCCUCUGUCGGGUCCAUGAACACUCUGGGAAACACUGCACAUUCAGACUGUGCGUAAAUCUGAUAUCGCUCUAUCACACGAAUUUCGAUCUCCUCUAAUAACGCUAAUUUCACAGAACACGUCAGGUGGAAUGGAGACUCUAAUUUAGGGAUGCUAAAAAAUAACACACUACAAGCUGCCAAGAAUGCAUUUUUACUCCAUUAAUGCCAAAACCUUCACUAAUGACCCGAGUGCUUGUCUCAAUGAAAACUACAACUAUUUUUUUGUACAUGGCAGGUUGUUAUUACUAUUAGACACAGGCAUUAAUUUCAUUGCUCAGCUUCCUGUCAUCAUAUAAUAUAUACAUGUAAUUAUUUUGUGUUCACACACUAUAUUGUCAUUUUUUUUCCUGAAAUGAAUCUGAAGCAAGAUUUAUUAUCUACUUGUCUUUUAAAUCCAUUCAUAAAUUGUUUGGGUUAAAGUCUGUAACACAGACCGAAGCCUGGCUGUUUAAGGCUCAGUGUUCACUGGGAGUAUUUGUGCUGAUGCGAGGCGCUUUUUAUCCUGUAGUACUGUACACGUAAGAGCAGUUACAGCCAAGCAGUUAUUCAGAUGGUGAUGCUGAUGUCGGGGGAGGUUAACUCAGACAAUCGCUGCUGUCAGCUGAAAACCCUCCGGCUCUUAAUUUCAGUGUCUUCCAUCCACAUAUAUCUUUUUUUUUUUUCAUGGUUAAAUGUGAGAGUGAAAUAGUUUUUUUCGUGCACUGCGUUUGACCCCGCAGCUCAUAAAAUCCAUUCAGAAAUACACAGGCUUCUUUGUGAAAUUAAGGGAGAUUGUCUUAAUUUUUUAAAAAACUUCUUGAGAAAUGAAGUUUUCGACUGACAGCAAAGUGAUGAUGAUACUGCUGUGAUAAAGGCAGUUGGUCCACUCUGACAUUAAAUAUAUUAUUUUUAUUCUUUUUAAUUAUUUUAUUUAUUUGCUUUGCUGUUGCAGCGGAAUAGCUGGCUUCCCUGUUAGAAGGAUGAACUUUCAUGUGGAAAAAGUGAAAAGCUAUUUUAUGUUGAACUGAGAGAAAGAGCAAUCAGUUUACAUUUGAAGGUGAAAAAAAGCACAAAAUUAUGGACACUUAUGUACAAAGUACAAAAUAAUUUUCUGUUUUUAAUUGUCUCGUUUUCAGACGGCAGGUAAUUACAGUAUGUUCAUGCUGUGGAAUCAAACCACCUCUGUUCAAAGUGGCCUUCAGUCACUAAAACAAAUUGAUGUGAUUUUUGUUUAACUGUAAGUGCUUAAGGUGACAUUGCAUAGGUAACAUUUUUAGCCAGCGUGAAUGAGUAGGUGAUGAUGGCUCAUUUUGCUGUGAGAUUUGAUAAAGUCUCUUAAAUGUUAACCUGUGGCGAAAAGAGUUGGAUUCUUGAGUUAAAUGUAAAAAAAAAAAAAGAAACCCAAAAGACAGAAUUCAUGUUAUUUCUAUUAUGAGGUAAAUCAAUUUCUGUGUACAUGGACACAGAGAAAGAGAGACUCGGUUUGCGAGCUCAGAUUUUCAGCCAUAUGAGGUUUAUUUCCCUCUAGUGCGAACAGGUGUGAGCUGGAAAAUGCGCUCUCAUCCCUGUGAAAUCCACUUAAGUCCUGUCACUGUGGGCUCAUUGAAACAUCAAUAACAAAGGUGAAUUCUGUCUUAAGGUGGACUUUGAACGUUUUUGUUUUGAUCUUCUACUGUCACCGGAACCUUAAUCUCCUUAAAAUCCCCUUUAAUACACAAGUUGUCCUGUUGGUCUGUAUGGUUAUUCUGUUGUUUCAUCUGUCUCUGAGCAUGUGUGUGUGUGUGUUGGUGUGUGUGAGCUCACAAAGUACCUGCGGGAUGUUUGAUCAGUGGUUCCCCAGAGAAGUUCUUGUCACUAUCAAUCAUGACAACUCGGAGCUGUGCGUGUGAACGUCUCUGCAUAUUUGUCUUUUCUGUUUGUCUUUCCCUUUGUCUGUGUGCGUGUGUGUAUGUGUGUCUGCGCGUGCGUGGGUGUGUUGUUUGUACUGUGUCGUAUAUCUUGUUCUGCCAUAUUUGAACAAUAAAACAGGAUAUGAGA